CGGUGGUCUCAAGCGGCACAGUCGAUUAGCAUCAGCACUGAUCACUAGCAUCAACACCGCAGGGAAGGUUUAUAGAGCGAGCUAAGAGCCCAAUCAUGUCCAGGAAGAAUAACCGUAACAAGAUCAAGGCCCAGUAUGAGCUGGAGGUGGAAAAAGAGCGAUUGCGCAAGGAGAAACUCAUGAAGAAGCGCGAGCGGAAAGCUCAAAAGGAGAGCAAAACGGUGGUGAAGAAGGUCUCGAGUAAGGUGCUUCGACGGAUGCGUAUCCGUCAGAUGGAGAAGGAGGCUCGUGGCGAGAUGGACGUGGACAACGAGGACAAGAAGAAGAAGAGCAAGAAGGCUGACAAGGCCGAGAAGAUGGACACGGAGGAAUAGAUGACCGGUUUCAAGAACUGUUUCCAUUUUUUUAUUAGCUUCAAAACUGAUGCUGGAACUGAGCUACAGAUUUUCGAGACAACCAGACAUGAAGCUGUCGCGACGCUCGAUGUCUUGUAGGGUUUCCUGAAUGCAACAGCAGUUGUUAGAGCAGGUUGUGAGGAGCUUUGAUGGAGGAGACCACGCACCUUGACGAUGGACAAGAGCAUGUCCUUCCACGCUUGAUCAAGGGCCUGCAUUGGUAGAACGCUAAGUAAUGUGGUAAUGACGGAAGACGAGAAGAUGACGUACCGCGGUCUUCUUCUCGAUGUCGGAUGCUGCGUUGAAUAUCUCACUGACUACAGAGGAUGUGGCAGCAUUGUGCAGAGCUGGCGAUGAACGCGACGGCUUCGUGUCCUUGACCUCUUUUACACGUGCC